AUGAGUUCAAAUGAUUUUAUUAGUAUUGUUGUAACUGGUGCAGCAGGACAAAUUGGAUAUUCAUUGGUGUUCAAUAUCAUUAGAGGAGAUAUGUUUGGUACCGAACAGAAAGUUCGUGUCGUGCUGAUGGAUAUCGAACCAAUGUUGGAAGGUUUGAAGGGUUUGAAAAUGGAGAUCGAAGAUUCAUGCUAUCCAUUGGUACAGGAGAUCGUUAUCACCUCAGAUCCAAAGACAGCGUUCACCAAUGUCGACUACGCCGUACUAGUCGGUGGAAUGCCACGUAAGGAAGGAAUGCAACGUGUCGACUUGUUGCGUGCGAACGCCGCCAUUUUCAAAGUCCAAGGCAAAGCACUGAACGACUACGCCAAGAAGACCGUCAAGGUGUUGGUCGUGGCCAACCCAGCCAACACCAACGCGCUCAUCGCACUGCUCAACGCACCAAACAUUCCACCCGAGAACUUCAGCUGUUUGACACGUCUCGACCACAACCGUGCCAAAGCUCAGAUCGCCAUGAAAGCCAACGUCAACGUCAAGGACGUGCACAACAUCAUUGUCUGGGGAAAUCACUCGCUCACCAUCUACCCGGACACCCGCUGCGGAUAUAUCAAUUUGCCCACCGGCAAAGCAACCAUUGCCAACGUCAUCAAGAACGAGGCAUGGCUGCAAGGUGAUUUCGUAUCGACCGUUCAGGUGCGUGGUGCCGCUGUUAUCUCAGCGAGAAAGCUGUCGUCUGCCGCCUCUGCAGCCAAGGCAAUCACCGACCACAUGCACGACUGGGCACUCGGAACACCAGAGGGAGAGUACGUCUCGAUGGGUGUGCACUCUGACGGAUCCUACGGUGUGCCAGUCGGUGUAAUCUUCUCCUAUCCAGUGACAAUCAAGAACGGUGUCUAUUCCAUCGUACAAGGUCUACCAAUCGACCAAUACACACGUGAAAAGAUCGAUCUCACCACCAAAGAAUUGGUAGAAGAAAAAGAAUCAGCAACUAAAAUUUUAGCUGAAAUGUAA